AUGAGUUCAUUCGAUUCGUCCGAUGCGUUGCAGAGCACCACAUUUAGCGUCCCAAUCACAUUGGUAGGUUUUUUUGCUUUUUGAUGAUGUUUAGGUAUUCUUUGAUGUUGAUGCACUGAAGUUCUGUUUUGGGGAGAAAACAUUGAAAACUGAUUUUAUUUUGUUCGUGCCUCACAUUUGAUGUUGGUUUUUAGGACCAUGUUGCAAUAAAUAUGGAAGAAAACUUAAACGAAGAACCGAUACAGGAAAAUAAUGAGGAACAGAGAAGAGGAAGGUUUUCAAAUGUUGUGGACAGAGUGACAGAAGCUGGGAUUCCGUUGUCUGACGACGACGCAGCAACCCUGGUCGAUCUUUUAGGGAGAUUUUCAUUGAAUCGACAAAAUGGCUUUCUAAUAUUCGUAAGUUUCGCUUAAUAUUUAAUAUAAUUUUAUAAUAUAUAAUUUCAGUUACCCGAUUACCACGUACUUAAUGUUAUGAUCACAGUAUUAAUUCUGUCUUUUCUGACCAUGCUUCGAUCAAUCUACUUUAACGUUUAUGAGAUUAUCAUACUGGUGAUGCAUCUUUUAUUUUACCGAGAUUACGUUCAACUUACUGUUGUACCGACAAGACCAUUUUGGAAAGUAUUUAUGCAGUUUUUCAUACGAUUUGCAUUGUUAAUGGUACUGGUUGACAAUACGGAAUUCUUCAAUGUUAUUUCGUUUGGGGUUAUUGAUACAGGUAGUUUGUUUCAUGUUUUGUAUACAAUAACAGUGGCCAAUUGCAUCGUCAUGGAUGUUUGUCUGCUUAUUGGAUCUUUGGUAAGUUUUUUUGUAUGAAAAAAGUUUAUAUACCUACAAACGAAGAAUGCUUAUAUUUGAAGAAGGGUUGUUGGAAUAUUUUAAUAAAUCUUUCAAAGAUUUUUAAAUUUGGUUUAGGUAAAUCGGAUAGAAAAGAUUGACAAGACAAUCAGAGCCCAGUUGUGCAAAACGGUCGAGUACGUGUUCGUAUGUUACUUAUCGGUGAUGCCAGUAAUGCAUUGGCAACGUUUCUUUGAUUCCUUAUGGCUUUUCACCCCCUACAUAUUAUUAAAGGUAAGUUUUUGAUCAUUUUAGAAGUUUUAAUAAAUUUAGCUAGGUUUUACCGUGGUAUGGUACUAAAAGUAUUUACAAACGUACUAUGUUUGUGUACACGGUUUAUUUUAUUGAUAUAAUACGUAGAUAGACAUUGUCGUGUAUUAACCUUAUAAUUUAGAGCAUAAUGUUCACUCGACUGACAAUCCAAACUAUAAGUUUAAUAAAGCAUCAAUUACUAUCUACGCACAUUGGAGUCGCUGUAUCUGCCAAAGACAUUGAAGAUGACAAUUGUGCAAUCUGUUUGAAUACUAUGACGAGUGGAGUUAAAGUAAGAUGUUCACUUGUCGUAUUCGUUGCAUUCAAAGUUUAAAAUAUUUUUUUAACUUUUAAAAUUCGAGUUUUUUAGAAGUUUUCUGGUGAUGAAAAAAUUUUUUUUGAUGUAAGUCACAUUUUCACAUAUUUCAGUUACCUUGCGGACAUAUCUUCGAAGAGUUGUGUGUACGAAAGUGGCUCGAGGAACGAAAUGAAUGUCCGUUGUGCCGAAAGACGGUUGUGCCAAACUUUACCAAGUACGACAGGGUACCAAUGUUUCCUCCAUACUUACUUUAA